UUCCAAGAUGUUGGAUUUCUGUGGCUUAUUGUAUGUGAAUGUCUGCAUUGGUGUACAGUCUUUGCUGAUGACAUGUACGCCAACAGCUACUUUCUGAAACAGAACCAGAUAGCACCCGAGGAUAUGACCGAGGAACAAAGAUUAUUAUACAGACUUAUACGUAAUUACGACCGAUCGUCCCGACCCGUGUACCAGGCUACGACACCAGUUAUCAUUAGAUUAGGCAUAUCACUUACACAAGUAUUAGAUGUUGAUGAAAAGAAUCAAGUACUUACAACAAAUAUUUGGCUUGAUCAGGAAUGGUUGGAUCAUAAACUUAGAUGGGAUAACGAGACCGAAUUUAAACACAUCAAAAUACUGCGGAUACCAUGUGACUUAAUAUGGCUUCCUGAUAUCAUUUUGUACAAUAGUGUUGACAGUCAUAGCAAAGGUUAUAUGAAAAGUUUAGCAAUGGUAGAAAGUAAUGGUAAUGUUUUCUGGCCACCAAUUGUACGCAUGCGUAGUUCGUGUAAAAUGGAUAUAACGUAUUUUCCUUUUGAUGACCAGAUUUGCACAUUAAAACUUGGUUCUUGGGCUUAUGAUGGAUUCCAAGUGGACGUUACUAAUAGGACUCUAGACGUAGAUCUUUCUAAUUACGUUGACAAUGGCGAAUGGACAUUAAUAGAUACUAAAGCAGUUCGGAAUGUAAAGAUCUAUCCGUGUUGUCCGGAACCAUUUCCAGAUGUUACAUUUUAUCUACACCUACGUAGACGUGUUUUGUACUAUGCUUUUAAUGUUAUAAUUCCAUGUGUGCUGUUGUCGUUGUUAACAUUAACAGGGUUUCUACUGCCUCCUGAAUCAGGGGAAAAGGUUACCCUAGGAUUGACUGUACUGUUGGCAUUUUCCGUCUUCAUGCUUCUUAUUGCUGAAAAUAUGCCACCUACGUCCGAAUAUAUACCGCUAAUAGGAAUAUACCUUACUGUGAUUAUGUCAAUGAGCGGAUUGUCGGUUGUAUUCUCUGUGUUUGUGUUAAAUAUUCAUCAUCGAGGUGCGCUUGCCAAAGGUCCGCCUUCAUUUAUCAAGACAUUUGCGAAGCUUACUGCUAAAAUACUGUGUAUGAAUAUCCGUUUGGAUAAUCAAAUGAAUUAUAGUCAUGCAACAAACUAUAUUCCAGAACGUAACUUUAUGUAUCCAUCACAUGAAAGCGAGGCUUUAAUCCAAAAUGACAUUGGUCGCCAUGGCCACACAAAUAUAAACCACGUGGAUUUAAAUGACGUCACUAACGAAACAUUAACAGACGUCAUGAAUCAAAAUGUGAAUAUAAAUAACACUAACGUUUAUAAAUCUACCUUUGACAAAGAACUUCUGACAUACUUUAAACAAGUCAUGCAUAUUCAUGAUAAUUCAAUAAACGAAAGAAGGGCUAUCCAUGAAUGGCAGGAAGUAGCGAGAGUAGUUGACAGAUUGAGCUUUUGUGUUUUUCUUGCCAUCACCGGAACAUCAACAAUUGUCUUACUUGUUAUAAGUCCAAUGACUAAAAAUAUUCAACUGUAACAUCAGCUGUACCUUAUUUGCAGUAAUAAGUGUAUUUGUAACAAAUAAAGUUGUUCUUAUAAUUUUCAGCACAUACCCUCUAAUGUUCAAACUGACCAAACAUUUGAUGAACACAGUCAUUUCAUGAAAAACACUUUUUUGGCGAAAUUUGGAGCUAUUUUAAUUUUUUAUUCUACUAACAAUAAAUCUGGCAUAUGAAUUUGGUCAUACAGAACAGGAAUUUGAACAGGAAUUUAUAAAAUAAUCACUGCUGAAUGUACGCACAAUCAAUUGAUGACACUUUCAAAAAUACGGCCACAUGCAAAUGUGCAAGUUUGAAUUCUAGAGGGUCUGUAUCACAAGCAACACAUCGGGGAAGAGUAUUAGAGACAUAUGUGUUAUGAUAAGUUAUCAUAUAAACUUUCUUCAAUAAAUGCUAACCUACACUGUAAUAUUCCUUCAUACCAUUAACAAUAUCUUAGUUACCGUUAUGGAUUUAUUGAGCGUCAUCCCAAAGCUUUUGUCGAAUGGUUGGUCGAGCCAAUUUGUCAUUGUUCUGUUGACAAAAUGCUUGUAAAUGA